GGCCACUUAUAUUUUUUAUAAGUCUCCCCAAUCUCCCCAACCGCAGUUCUAUCUCAAAGCGUAGCUAACUACCUCGACAGGUACUGGAAAUAUGCGAAGUUGGUCAGGAAAGAAGUGUGCAAGUUGCAAAGUUGUGGUGCAGGAGCAAGCGAUGAUAUAUUGUCUGAAAGGAAGGAAGGCAUCGUGCCUUCCGAAAUGGACUGGGACGGCUCGCUCCUGCCUCGUAGACAUCAACCCAGAAAGAACAAAAUCCUCGUCUCUUGAGACUUCCCUCUGGUUUCAUCUCUUCAAACAUCCUCUUCUCUGUAUACAUCACCGCUUCUCGAUUCUCUUCUUUAUUCUGAACAUCCUUGUCUGUAUCAAGUAGCUUUGAGAUACUCAUUAUCGCCGUCCAAGAUGAUUUUCGUCUAUAUACUUUUCCUUCUCUAUGCCUCCGUGUCGCUUCAGUACCACGUGCCCGUUGCCAAUCAGUAUGGCCAGAAUUUGCUUUCUGCACGGGACAAUGAGCAGGACAGCCGUCCCAACAGGAUUGCCGUACUGGAAGAACCUACAAACGAUAUCCACCCUGAUCAACAUGACGGUCUUCGCAAGGCACGCCUUGGGGAACGAUGUGGCCAGGGCCACAAAAAGUGCAAGGCACAUCUCUGCUGCUCCCCAGCUGGCUACUGUGGCAUGACGGCCGCGCACUGCAAAUCGCCUGACUGUCAAAUUGGCUGGGGCACAUGCGAUGCCGAUAAGGUCCCUCAAGGCUUACCUACGAAAGAGAUUCAACGCCCACAGAAUGGACCUGUCCCGUAUGGCGAAGUCAUUGUGACUUGCAAGACAUCAUAUACAUUUGCAAUGACCUUCGACGAUGGUCCCAAUGAAUUCACCCGCGAUCUCCUAGAUCUACUCGACAAAUACAAAGCAAAGGCGACAUUUUUCGUUACGGGAGUGAACUCUGGAAAGGGACAGAUUGAUGACUUUAGUCGUCCAUGGGGCUCAUUGAUCCAGCGUAUGCAUUACAGUGGCCAUCAAAUUGCCAGCCAUACGUGGUCACAUCAAGAUCUGACCGCCGUGUCCCGCGAACAGCGUCAUCAGCAAAUCUUGAAAAAUGAGGCAGCGCUUCGAAACAUCCUCGGAGGCUUUCCAACUUACAUGCGGCCUCCGUACUCGAAAUGUGACCAUGCUUGUUUGAGAGAUGUAGAACAACUUGGCUAUCAUGUGAUUUCGUUCAACCUCGAUACAGCUGACUACCUUAACGAUAGUCCCGAAAAGAUUCAACGAUCCAAGGACAUUGUCAACAAAGCCUUAAGCAAACCAAGUCCAGCGGGUCGUCCAUUUCUCGCCAUUGGACACGACAUCCAUGCUCAGACUGUCUAUAACCUGACUGAAUAUAUUUUACGGCGUGUCAAUGAAGCCGGAUACCGAGCUGUCACCGUUGGAGAGUGUCUGGAGGAUCCUCGUGAUAACUGGUAUCGGUGGGACUACAGAAAGAAAUCUGACUGAGCUUUUUCACUUUCCCCUUGAGCCGAACAAAGCUGACUUCUUGUAUGUUUACAUAUCGCAUCAGCAGCUCUUAUGGUAUGCUCUUAUUACAGCUUGUUAUGUUUAUUAUUGUCUGACUGUUAUCCCUGACCACCUUGAGUGACUUUUUCAUUCUUCAUUAAUUAGAUAGAUGUACUCGUACCCAUGAAUCGACACUGAUCAUUCCAC